AUGCAUGCCGAACAGUACCUAGAAGUGUUUAAACCAAUACCUCCAAACUGUAAGAUCCGUACUGAAUGGAAAGUGUCUGAAGUUAUUGAUAAACUGAAGUCAGCUAUCGUGGUCAGAGAAGGUAAGACAGCCUAAGUUUUCAUAUCAUUAAGUUAAAGUCAAAAAAAAACUUUUAAAAACGUUAUUAUGAGGUUUUACUAUGUACAUGAAACCCUACCCUAUUUUACAUAAAAAAUUUUUAAUUGUAAAGUACGUCCCGGCCAAUGUUUGUAUACAAAAGUUGUUUUAGCGACAAUGUACGAUGACGCGACGAACGACAAGCUCAGUUAUGGAAUCUACAAUAUCAUUCACAUUGGAGCUGGUGGAUUUGAUGGCCAGAAGAACAGCAUUGUUGAUGUCCCUGGCGUCGCAGUACCUACUGACCAGCCCGACCAUCUUAUCGAGUAUCCUACUAACAAUAUUACAGUAGGUUUUAAUACAACUAACAUUUAUAUCUACAGUACGGUACUGUAGGCUUAUUUUAUCUACUGUACGGUACUGUAUGUUCAUUUCACAGUAGUAUGGCGCCGUGUACUCAUUUGGCGUACAGUACAAUACUAUGAGCUCGCUUUAUGGACAGUACGAUUUUUUGAGCUUAUUUUACAUAACUGGUAGUGUAGGCUCAUUUUGCAUACAGUACAAUAAUGUUUAGUAAAAAAAGUAAUAAGCCAAACAAAAGCCUAUCCUAAUACUCUAAAUAAUAUUACUUUCCAGACCGCCUUGUACCGUAUAGCUGGCGAAGACUACAAUGAAGUACAUAUUCAGCCCGGCUUCGGUAAGCCAAUGGGUCUAGAUGUACCAAUUCUUCAUGGUCUUGGUACUAUGGGUAUCGUCGCUAGACUAGUCAUUGAUAUCUAUGGUAACAAACAAGUGUCCUGCUCUAAAGCCAUCAAAGCCAGAUUCACAGCCACUGCUAAUGUAGGAGAGACACUUAUGAUCAAGUUGUGGAAGAGGAAACAGAGGGUUCAUUUCCAGGUUACUGUAAGUUGGAAAGGCAUUUUUGUUGUUUGCUAGAUGUUGGACUAGUGCAGUACAGGCAUUAAACUAGUUCAGCAUUUUUAGUUUAGCAUUAGGACAUUAGAUUAGUGCGACCUGAAUGAAACUCAACGUAUUUUACAAUAAAACUUUAAAAACGUAAUUUUAGGUAAAAGAAACUGGCAGAAUACAUGUUAACAACGCUUUUAUCGAUUUGCAUGAGCUUCCGACAGUACCUUCUAAACUAUAA